CUGGCGUCUCUCAGUACCUUGUGCAUUGAGGGCUUGAAUCCAAUUGAUGAGCUCUCCUGGGAACACCUUUGGGAAUAACGCUUCCAAGCGCCUUGAGCAAACCUCCAUGGAAAAUUCUCGAUCAGCUGAAUUCAGGGGCCAGUUGUUGCAAUACGACACUCCAGCUCCUCUCUGCUUUCACAUCCUCAGCCAAACCUGCCAUGAUCUCCCAGCUGGAGCGAGGGGAGGAGCCGAGCAUCUUCAUUCUCCAGGACUCCAAGGAAAGGGAGGGCCUGAGAGAAGGUGCCAGGACAGCGAGUGAGAACGAGGAGGAGAACCUCCAGCAGGAAGGGUCUGUGCGAACAGAGCUGCACAGGACGUCAGCCACACAGCAGGGAGGAGCCAGCGAGAGCCUGGGAGGGACAGGACAGCAGCAGGGAGAGCCCCUAGAGGAGAACAAAGCCGCCCCAGGGGAGAAACCCUACCAGUGCACCCAGUGCCACAAACGCUUCAGCCGCAGCUCCAACCUGCUCCGUCACCAGUGCUCCCACACGGGUGAAAAGCCGUUUCGCUGCACCGUGUGUGGGAAGGGCUUCACGCAGCGCGGGAACCUCACAGAGCACAGCCGGAUCCACGCUGGGGAGCGCCCCUUCCGGUGCCCCCAGUGCGGGAAGGCCUUCGCCCUGAGUGCCUCCCUGCGCCAGCACCGCCGCAGCCACACCGGGGAGCGGCCCUACACGUGCCUAGAGUGCGGGAAGGGCUUUGGGGUGAGCUCUGCGCUCGUGGUCCACCAACGCAUCCACACCGGGGAGCGGCCCUACCGGUGCGGGGAGUGCGGGCGCGGCUUCUGCCGUAGCUCCAACCUGGUACGGCACCGGCGCACUCACACCGGGGAGCGGCCCUACCGCUGCGCCCAGUGCGGCAAGCACUUUGGGGAGAGCUCUGCCCUGAUCCAGCACCGGCGCACCCACGCCAGCGAGCACCCCUACCAGUGCCCUGACUGUGGGCAGGGCUUCAGCCAGGCCUCCCACCUGGCCCAGCACCAGCGCACCCACACUGGGGAGCGGCCCUAUGCCUGUGCCGAGUGCGGGCGGUGCUUCGGGGAGAGCUCCAACCUCAUCAAGCACCAGCGGGUGCACUCGGGGGAGUGGCCCUACAAGUGCCCCCGGUGCGGGAAAAGGUUUGGCCACCACUCCAACCUGAUCGACCACCAGCACACCCACUUGGAUGCCAAGCCCUUCAAAUGUCCUGACUGUGGGAAGGGCUUCACCCAGAGCAGCCGCUACACCCAGCACUGCCGGGUCCACGCCGGCCAGAAGCCCUACCAGUGCCCCCAGUGUGGGAAGGGCUUCAGUCAGAGCUCCCACUACACCUACCACCAGCGCAGCCACACCGGAGAGCGGCCCUUCCGCUGUGCCGGCUGCGGGAAGGGCUUUAGCCGCAGCUCCAACCUGAUCCGGCACCAGAGGAUCCACAGUGAGGGGACCCCUGCCAAGACAGGGUUCUCUCAGCAGGCUGAAAGGGAACUGAGUUCUGGAAUGAUCUACAUUAGACGAGCUCCGAGCCCCGAGCCCCGGGCCGGAAGGGAGCGGCCGGUGCUGCCCCGGCCCACGUGCGGCGGGAGCGGGGAGAGGCGGCGGGGCCCCGGGGAGACGCAGCCGCAGAGGCAGGAAAUCGCUGCCCGGUGGGGGGGGGAUCGGAGCCGAACUGGGACCGGAGAAACCCCCCCGGCCCUCUCCGCAGCCAGCCCCGGGGUCUGUGGGGCUGAGCCCGGCAGGGUCCCGGCUCCAGCCCUGGGAAUUCCCCAUCCUCGACCGGGCCACGAUCCCCCCGAUGGAGCGAGGGGAAGAGCCCAGGGUCCCAGAUCUCCAGGGUGCCGAGGAAAAGGAGAUCUUGAGAGGCGCUGGGGCAGCACAGGGAACAAGCCCUGGCUGGAUUCUCUCUCUCUCCCAGUAGGUGCCGGGACAAUCAGUGAGAAUGAGGAGGAGAAUCCCCAGCAUGAAGGGCCUGCGGAACCAGAGCAACACGGGACGUCCUGGAGCCCCAAGCAUGGAGACGUUGGUGGGGCAGGACGGCAGCGAGGAGACCUCCCGAGGGAGAGCUCUGCUGAGCGGGAAGGAGAUCCCUGGCAGCUCCACGACUCCUCUGGGCAUCAGGAGGGGAGACUGACCAUAUGUGGGCAGUGUGGGAAGAGCUUCUCUCAAUACGAAGACCUCGCUGAGCACCAGAGAUCCCAUAGAGGGGAGAGACCUCAUCAAUGCCCUGACUGCGGGAAGGGUUUCACCUGCAGCUCCCACCUCCUCCAGCACCAGCGCACCCACACGGGCGAGAGACCCUUCCAGUGCCCUGACUGCGGGAAGGGCUUUGGGGUCAGCUCUCACCUCGUUGUCCACCAGCGGGUCCACACGGGGGAGCGCCCCUACAAAUGCCCCGACUGCGGGAAGGGCUUCAGCCAGAGCUCCCACCUGGCCAAGCACCAGCGCACCCACACCGGGGAGCGGCCCUACAGGUGUGCGGCCUGCGGGAAGAGCUUUGGGGACAGCUCCUACCUGAUCCAGCACCAGCACACCCACACCGGGGAAAGCCCCGGCCUGGCCGGUGGGAUGGGUGCGGAGGAGAGGCCUUACCCAUGUCCCCAGUGCGGGAAGAGCUUUGGCACCAAGCUGGCCCUGAGCCGGCACCAGAAACUGCACAGCGAGGAGCGGCCCUAUGAGUGCGCUGAAUGCGGGAAGAGCUUCAAGCUGAGCCGGCUGCUUAUCCAACACCAGCGGAUCCACACCGGGGAGCGGCCCUACCGAUGCCCCGACUGCGGGCAGAGCUUCGGCCGCAGCUCCCACCUCCGCUCGCACCAGCACAUCCACACCGGCGAGAAACCCCACCCCUGCCCUGACUGCGGGAAGGGCUUCAGCCACGGCUUCCAGCUGGCUCAGCACCGGCGCGUCCACACGGGGGAGCGGCCCUACGGGUGCCCAGACUGCGGGCGCAGCUUCAGCCACCGCUCCACCCUCAUCAAGCACCAGCGCACCCACACCGGGGAGCGGCCCUACCACUGCGCCCAGUGUGACAAGGACUUCAACUGGAGCUCAGCGUUCAUCAAGCAUCGCCGGACCCACUCGGAGGAGCGGCCCUUCCGCUGUGCGGACUGCGGGAAGGGCUUCCGCGAGAGCUGCACCCUCAUCCAGCACCAGAAGAUCCACUCGGAAGAGAAACCCUACAAAUGCCCCGACUGCUUCAAGAGCUUCAGCCUCAGCUCCUACCUCGCUAGGCACCAGAAAAUGCACACGGUCUAGGGACGCCAGUGGUGGGGCCUGCCCUGCCCGCACAGGGGCAUUGUGGGUACCUUUCUGAAGUGGGUAUGCACCCCCUGCUUGCACAGAGAUGUCCUCUUGCCUUCCCUCUGGUGACUGGAGCGUGUAUCAGAAUUUAUGUGGAAUUUGUGGCCCUGGAGGUUUUUAAGAACAGUUCCAGUUCUCGGACAGGUCCCACCUCUCAUUGAUGGUCUAGGUAUAGUUGAUCCUGCCUCAAUCUGGAGGGGAGGACUAGAUGACUUCUCAAGGACCCUUCCAGCCCUACAUUUCUAUGACUCUGUGAGUCUGCUGCUAACCCCUAAACUGAUUUCGUCCCAUGGGAAAUUCAAACUUUGAAUUUCAGAGAUUUUAAAAAUUGGAUUUUUCGUCCCGGUUUGUUGAAAGCUGAGAAUUUUUCACAAAAUAUGAUUAUGGGGCAAAAUAUUUCA